AUGGCUGACAAAAUCGAAUCGUCAGCUGCACCAGCAGCAGUAGCAACACCUCAGAAGGCUACUGUCCCAAAAACAAAGAAGGCUCGUGUCGCUGCGAAGGCAGCUGCUCAUCCUCCUGCAUCCGAGAUGGUUCUUGCAGCAGUCGCGGCUUUGAAGGAAAAGAAGGGCUCUUCUCUUCAAGCAAUCAAAAAGUACAUUGUUGCAACAUACAAAAUUGAUGCUGAAAAACAGGCCAUUUUCAUCAGGAAGUACCUUAAAUCUGCAGUCGCCAGCUGUUCUUUGGUUCAGACUAAAGGAUCAGGUGCUGCCGGAUCCUUCAAGUUACCUGUCGGUAAAACUGAAGCCAAGCCUAAAUCUAGUAAGGUUGCUCCAAAAGCCAAAUCUGCUUCAAACGCCAAAAAACAAGCAACCCCGAAGAAGGCUCCUAAAGCGAAAAAGACUGUUGGAAAGAAGUCUACAAAGGUUGCUGCAAAGCCACCUAAGGCAAAAUCCACCAAACCGAAGGCAGCUUCUCACCAAAAAAAAUUGCAAAGAAGUAAAUUUGAUGAAAUUGUUAUGGUUGUAAUAUUUUCAUGA